AUGAUCACCUCGCUUCUUCUCCAUUGUAUGCUCCUGGUUCUCGCCAGAGCCGUGGACACAACCGCAUCAGACAUUGUUACAACAACAUCUACUGUCCCCCCUUAUCCCCGACAAACGGGGAUUGUUUCGGAAUGUAAUCGGUACUAUCGCGUCUUGAAUGGAGACAACUGCUGGUCCAUCACGAGACACUACGGCAUCAACAUCGACGACUUUUACCACUGGAACCCUGCCGUUGGGCCAGCCUGCGAGACGCUGUGGGUUGGCUAUUAUGUGUGCAUCGGUGUCUGGCGUAAGCUGCUUGUGUCAACUACCACGUACUCUGCUAAUCCGUUGCAAAACACCAGCACCAUCCCCGAAACCUACUACGACUACAGCAAAGCCCACCGUAACUUGUGUAUCUCCAAACCAGUCGGCAACAGCACCGAAUUGUACCGAGUGUUCAUGCAGUGGAAUCCGAGUGUAGGGAACGAGUGUCAGAAUCUGCUGGCAGGAUACUGCUACUGCGUCUCUGCGCCACCAGUUAACUCGCAGACAAGCCAGCCUAGCACUUGA